ACCUAAUCCAAGACACAAAAGCAAGCGCAUCCAUCGAUCAGGUCCCCGCCGACGCACGUCCGUCUCCGUCGUUGACCGGGCCGCCGGAUCGGCCGGAGCUAGCGAUGCUCCACGGCGUCAGGUUCCUGCGCUCCACCGUCGCCGCCUUGGCCCGCCUCGCGCACGCGCUCACCAUCCGCAGCUGCCUCCUCCGCCUCAUGCCCCUCUGCUCCCCGACGUCGACCUCGGCGAUCGUCCCCGCGCCAUGGCAGCAGCAGCCGGCGUCGGCGAGGGCGGCGGCGGCGCCCUGCGGCGGCAAGAAGGUGAUGCACCCGGCGGGGGCGCUGAUGGCCCUCGAUGACCCCAAGGACCAGCUGACGCCGCCGCCCCUGUCGUCGUCGUCGGUCGUCGUCCUUGUUCCGGCGCUCAAGCAGCAGCAGCAGGCGGGCGAGAGAGCUGCGGAGACGAAGACGGCGGCGAGGGGAAGGAGGCCGCCCAGGCUGGCCAUACCGGCGCCCGUGGCCUGUGCUCCCGGGGUCGACCCGUUCGGCGCGGUGGCGGACGUCGAUGCAGAGGUGGCCACCGAGCUGGAAGUGCAGGGCGAAGGGUUCUGCUUGGCCAGCAGGAGAGGGGUCAGGCACGCCAUGGAGGAUGGCUAUGGGGUCAUCACUGAUCACACCGUUCAAGGAGCCUCCCAAUUGGCGUUCUACGGUGUGUACGACGGGCACGGUGGCCGGGCGGCCGUGGAUUUCGUUGCGGACAAGCUGGGCAAGAACGUCGUCGCCGCGCUCGCCGCCUCAACCACGGCGAGCCACCACCAGCCGGAGCUAUCGCCGUCGCCGUCGCCGGCGCCACCGCCGUCCAAGACGAGUGGUGCUGUUGUAGAAGAUGAGGCAGGGCAGGAGGAGGAGCAGUUUGACGCGGUCGUGGCGGCGAUCAGAGCGGCCUACCUGACGACGGACCGGGAGUUCUUGACCCAGGGUGUUCGCGGUGGCGCAUGCGCGGCGACGGCUCUGGUAAAGGACGGCGAGCUCUUCGUCGCCAACGUGGGCGACUGCCGCGCCGUCCUCGGCAGCCGCAGCGGCGUCGCGACCGCGCUGACGAGCGACCACACCGCCGCCCGCGAAGACGAGAGGCGCCGCAUCGAGAGCUCGGGAGGGUACGUGAGCUGCGGCAGCAGCGGCGUGUGGCGCGUGCAGGACUGCCUGGCGGUGUCGCGCGCGUUCGGCGACGCGUCCAUGAAGGCCUGGGUCACCUGCGAGCCCGAGGUGUCGCGGCGCCGCCUCACCCCGGACUGCCGCUUCCUCGUCGUCGCGUCCGACGGCCUCUGGAACAAGGUGUCCUGCCAGGAGGCCGUCGACGUCGUCGUCUCCGCCACCGCCGCGGCGGCGGCGGCGGCAGGAACUGCUGCAUCCUCCGUGGGAUCGUGCAAGGAGCUGGUCGCCUUGGCCAGGAACAGAGGGAGCCGGGACGACAUCACCGUCAUGCUCGUCGAUCUGCAGCAAUUCAUUUCACAGUGACGGCUGACGACAGGACGCGGAAACAUCAUUAUAUAUAUAUAUCCGUCCAUCGAUCAGCGAAAGGAAAAAACAUUCGUACGUGGUCAAAUGUUCUAUCAUAUUUUCCAUUUUUCAUUCAGUUUUAUUGUUGAGUACUGCAGAUGAUUUUUUCCAAGAGAUUAUAUUUGUACGUAGUAGUGUAGAGAGGGCUGCCUUCCGAAGAGAUUUGAAUUGAAACUCAUUGGAAAGUGCAGGAUGGAGAUUAGCGUGACGUGUAAAAUAGCAACGACGAGGCCUUCCAUGAGAUGAAUUACUAUUUCCUUUAUUAUUUAUUAUUAUUAUUGCUA